UGCCCUGUUUGCAGGGUGAAGCCAUAGCUCAAAACUUGAGGACUAUGUUUGGUCUCAAGGUGCCAAUUAUUUCCAUUGUUAUUGGGGAAGGUGGUUCUGGUGGUGCUCUAGCCAUUGGCUGUGCUAAUAAAUUGUUGAUGCUCGAAAAUGCAGUUUUCUAUGUUGCCAGAGAUUUGCUUUUGGUGCUUGGAGGAAUCGAUAUCUGCUUGAAGAUUGAUGAGGAUAAGAGGUCUAAUAUGUCCAUUCAACAUAUUUUCUUUCACAUAAAAUUUGCUGCUCUCUCUCUCUAGCUUUUGUGGUCAAGAUUUGCAUUAAAUCAUUGGCCUAAGCCAGCUGUUUCUAUCCAUAUGUAGCAAAUUCAAAUGUUUUGGAGAGACCGUCACUACAA